UUAUCAGCCAUCGUCGUCGUCGAGAUUCCAUGCGAAAGAGAAAAUGAGAGCGAUUCUGUCAGGAUUUGCUCUGUUUUGGCGAGGACCUCUCUCGUGCAUUUAUAAAACAUCCUUGCAACGCCACGUUGAGCUUCAGUUCGUCGCGAGAGCUCCAACCGUUCGUGUGUUUGGAUAACGAGGCAUCCCCUCAGUGAAGAUUCUUGCAAAGGGCGACAUCAAAGCGGUUGGUGAACAAAAGUAGACGUUUUGUUGGAGUCCGGUAGCAACAGCACAAGAAGACCAGCUUAGACAAAAAGGAGUACAAUAAAGUGGACAGUCUUAUUCGAUUCAAUUCCAUAUGUUGAACAAUCAAGGAUAACAUACGCGCGCACAAACACACACACAGCGCGGAACGAGAGCUGACGCAAGGCAUUAUAUUAUGCUAACCGUACUGCAGCAGCAGCAACCUAAAGAGUGUGGGGUGAAACGGGACCACCUCUGACGACGACGCCAUGAAAAGCCACCAAAUUGAUACUCACCAGGUGGAGCGAAAGCAGUGAAGCCACCAGCCAAAGGGCCAACCAACAAAACCACAAGGACCGGAGAAAAAAGCAGGAAGAACCGCUCGAAACCGAAAGUGUAAAAUUGAGGAAGAAUAAGUGAAAUAAAUUGCAUUUGCCCAUCGAUUGGAAACACCCCGAAACCAUGAUGGGGGCAGGGUUGUUUCCGCUUCUGAUCUACGUCGUGUCGUCCUGGGUGCUCCUGGGGGGUCCCGGACCGGCGUCAACGUUGGCCGCCGCAACCGUUACGAGUGUCGAAGAUUUUAUCGUGCUUAAUAGUGCUUGUUAUUACGAGAGCGAUUACGUGAAUGAUAAUUUGCGAUUGCAAGAUCUUGUCGCAGCCAGUGAUGUGAUAAUAAAAGCAUUCACCGGAGAUGGCAAUUACCUACGUCCUGGGUUGGUGGCUUCCGGCCGGGAACCAACGACGACCGGGCCGGGUGGUAGUGGCGGGAGGGAACAGUCGGAAAAUCACCGCCUUAACGGAGGCAAAAGAAAUCGUACCAUCUCGGACGGAUUCGCCCCGGAACAGGAGCACGGAAAUGAAGAAAAUGGAAAUGCAAGUUCCAUUAGCGAAGCGGAUUUCGUUCUGCGGCUCGAGCCAACCAUCGUCUACAAGGGAAACGAAGUUUACAAGAAGCUUAAGCUGAUCAAUUGGCAGCAUUACGUCGUUAUCAAAAGCAUGGCAAGCAGCAGCAGCAGCAGUAAAUUGAGACGAAGUCCAACAACGACGACGCCAAGUUCUUCCGCCCAAAGCGCCACAAACUAUAUCAGUAGCCGUAGUAGAUCCAAGUGCAAUAGGACCAGACUUAUCACUAGGAACAUAAAUAAUAGCAGCCAUAGCAGCAGCGGGACGACGGAAGUCCACGCUGAGAGUCGGACUUUCAACAGUAGUUCGAGUAGCAGGACGACGACGACGACGACGAUGCAAGACAAUAAACUUAGCCGUAGUAAGGAGACCGGCAGUAACACUACUAGCAAUAAGAGCAUCGAAGCCGGCAACACUGCAGAAAAUAACACCCGAGAGCCGCUUACGGUUGCCAGCGUCUUCAGUGAGUUAUUGCCAACCGAGCUAAUAAUCUUCGGGAGGUUAGACGAUACUGGCAAUCUGCAAGUCGAUCUCUUCAGUGGACUGCUCCACUGGAAUGAGGAGCUGCAGAAUGCAAUAUGGCGGGAACUGGGUUGGAGCGACUGGAGCGAGUACACCCCGUGCAGCGUGUCCUGUGGCAAAGGGGUACAGCAGCGAUUUCGGCAUUGUUUGAAGAGCCCCCAGGCCGGGCAUGAGGACGACACACAUCACAGCGGGGCCAGCAGAACGAUGUCAUCAACGCGACGAGUGACACCGACGGUGGUGGCGUUCCGGCAGCCCAAGCCGUAUGUAAAUAUCGAGCAGCAUCCCCGGAAGGACGACGGUGGUGGCGUGAUGAAUAAUGAAAAUGUAAAUCCCUCGUCGCUAUUUACAACGCCGUUGACGGCAUCGACCCGGGACGGCGGGGGGACCGUGAAGCCCACAGUGGCAUUCACCACCACGACCCAGGAGGAAGACGAGGAAGAAGAUGCCUUCUUCAGCGGUGAGGACGACGAAGAACAAGAGACAGAGCGUGAUGAAGAUGAGGAUGCCAACCCGGGAGCAGAGCCUCCGGCAGGUCGAGACAACACUCCAGUGUCAACGGCAGAUCUUCAGCCUGCAAUUGAGAGGCAUUUUAAUGAAAGCACUAAUGCAAAUAGUGGCGAAAGGAGCAUUCGACGGCGACGAAGACUUCAUCGGCUCGGGGGCAUUCUUCAGCAGUACCAGAACCAUCAUCACAGUGAAAGGAACGGUGGUGGCAAAAAGCACAUCACCGCAGCGGCAGCAGAUUCUGGCGUCGCCGGAUUCUGCGAGGGUUAUAACAUUGAACAAAGAAGCUGCAACAUGUUCGAGUGCACAGGUUCCCUGGAUCUUAUGGCAGCCAGUGACGGUCAUCAAUCGACCGGUGGAGGACCAUGGGAUAACCAGUUUAACUUCCACAUCAGUCAAAUGAAGAGCAACUUUACCUUAUUGCUGAAUCUACGUUCAAGAAAGUGGCACCAUCGGCCGCCCACAAAUCAGCCCAACUCGGGCCAGAAUCCAGCGCCGAUGUCCUCGCCAACGACGUCAACGCCCAACACCAUCGUGUCGCUCCGGUCGCAACUGGCGGCGGCCUCAAGUUUGUCGAUAAAUUUCGCUAACGAUGGUCACGGCGGGCUGAAAGUAAUUCAGGAAAAGUUCGGCCUCUCGGAGAUGCUGCCGGUGGAGCGGAAUUUAUUGGACGGCAAAUGGCACUCGGUUGCCCUCAGUGGAAGGAGCGGCGGAGGCUACAUCGCCGUGUACAUCGACUGCCGGUGGGCCAACUCGUUCGUCCUCUCGAGGGGAGCCAUCGAACUGCCGCAGUAUCCGGUGAUUGAGGCCGGCCACGAUAUUGAACUCGGCCAGCUCACGUUGGUCCCGGGCGAUACGGCAGUACGACUCCAGUGUGGCACCGAUACAAUUCCCAUCACCGACAUCGAGAACCGACAAGUGACCAGCUAUUUCGAGGGAAUAAAUUAGCAUUAAGCACGUUGGCCUUUCGAGUCGAGCAUUUUCUUUCGGGAAAUUCUGCGGAAACACCACUCGCACACACAACACACACCGAGUCGAACACAACCGACCGACCAGCAGAAUUAAUUUUCUACCAAUAUGACCAUGGGAAUUGGAAAAUUGCAAACAUGUGCCACCCAGAAAUGAUUGAACUGUCCUGUCGAGGAGGGCUUUCAAUACGGAUGUUGAACGGUUAUUUUGAAUGAAAUAUCGCCGGGAUAAAAUGGUAAUACAAAAUAAAACCGUCCUGCAUAAGGGAAAUUCUUUGCGAAAACUGCACUUAUGUCGGAAAAACUGUUGUGAAAUUGAAAUUCAGGUCAACAAUUAAAUUGUUAUGUUUAUAAUAUGAAUUCGGCAAUGACACAGUCUAACAGACAUUUUAACGUUUAUGAGUCUAACCCUUUGUUCACAUUUCACCAUAGCCAAUGCAAUUUUCGUAAAGAAUUUCUCAUGACUGAUUUAUUCGACGCUGACAAAUAUUUAUGUCGCCACAACACGGCUACUUUCACACUAACCGAUUAAUUGCUUUGCAAAUAAAUGGCCAACAGAAAAGAAAAAUCAAACUGUUUUCUCCACUUUUAAAAGUCUGUGUAAAUAGCUCUAACUAGAACAGUGCGCUAGCUGCAAUACUAAUAUCAGUUUUCCACAUCGGUCUUAACUUUACAACAAUAAACAAUAAACAAAGAUACAACGGCAAACAAUAAAUGUUGAACAGGAAGUGAGUUCAAGUAUCAAAUAAGUAAAUUACAUAAUAUUACAGAUGCAAAUCAGAGAUUCUAUAGUUGAAACACACAGUUACAUCCGACACACAUACAAAGCAGAAAAAAGAAGAAGAAAAAAAUAGAGAGAGAGGAAUAUAUGUUUACAUGAUUUAUUGCUAUUUUACAGAAGGAAUUGUUUCAAGCCAAAAUCGGCAUGUAGAGCAAAUCGCAACUCCAAAAUGUGUUGCAAACUGUAACAACGUGUAACAAUAAACAAAAAUAAAAAAAUAAACAAAAUGCGAAUACUCGCUGCGAAAUGUCCACAAACUGCUGCAGCAAGUCAGGAGGGUGCAAAAGUGCGCUUGCUAAAGUGAAAAUUGAAAUGAA